AUGUCCGCCGCCUCCGACCUUCCCAGCUUUGCCGCCUCCGACCUUGACAAGGGCCCAAUGUCAGCUGUCAUAGUCUGUCUUCUUGCACUGAGGGAUCGGUUUGGUUCCACUGUUGGGGAAGGCUUGCAUUGUAGCCUUGAAGGAAAAAGUAGGAUGCGCAGCAUGGAGUUUCCCAUAAGGGAGAACGGCCAUUGUACUCAAAAUUCUGAGUUUGGAGAAAAGGUGAAAGAGAGCAUACCAAAGGUCUCCAGAAGUCCAGCUUCGUCAGAACCAUCAUCAUCUCCAUUAUCAAGGCCUGAACUAUCUUCUAUUUCAAGGCACGCUGGACACAAUUUUCAUGAAGUAUUCCAUCUGAGACAAGGAAUUUACUCUGACAUGCCUAUUUCUAAAAUUUUGGAGAUGAUGAAAUCCACCAACUUGGAUAAUGCCCCUACUCAGUCACUUCUGAGUUUUGUGAAUGGUGUCCUUGACGAGAUCAUUGAGAAUAAGAAUGGAGAAAUUCCUUAUCAAAAUAACCUUAUCAGAGCACGUGAAGAGAAAUAUAAAUCAAGGAUAAGGGUACUAGAGGCACUUGCAAGCGGGACAGGUGGACAAAUACAAAUAAACUCAAGUGCAGCAAAUGGAAAAAUAAAUGUUGAAGAUCAUGUGCUCCGGAUGAAGAUAGACAAAAGCCGAACUGAAGAAAGAGGAUUAGUUGACAAAGAUAUGUCAAGCUUGAUGACUGAGAAGGAAGAUGUAACUAGAUUGACAAAGGAUAAGGAAGAUAUGGCUAGGCUGUUGAAAGAUAAGGAAGAUAUAAUAAGAUUGAUGAAGGAGAAGGAAGAAAUGGUUAUGCUGAUUAAGGAGAAAGAUGAGAUGGAGAAAGAAGAUACUAACAAUACAAUUAUGAAACUAAAGAGCGAAUUGGAAGCUGUAAAAUCAUCAUAUAAAGAGAACCACAACCAGUUAGAAUCUACAAAGGAGGAGGUGCUUAAGCUUCAAAAGGACAAGGAGAAUAGUGACAAUAUAAUAUCAAAACUCAGGCAAGAGCUUUCAUUAGCACGGGAAUCUCAUAAGACACAUAUUCAAGAACUGGAGAGUAGUGCUUUGCAGGCAAGCAAAUGCUUUGAACAUAGAAUAAAAGAAGUGGAUCUAAUGCUCGAAGAUUCUAGAAAGAAAAGAAGAGAUCUGGAGGAAGUGUUAGCAUCUAGAAUGGAUACUUGGAAGCAGAAGGAAAUCAUGGUGAACCAAUUUUUAGGUCUACAAAUACAGAACAUCCAGGAUUUGAGGUUAUCUUCUGUUUCCAUUAGGCAUGAAAUCCAAAACUGCCAGAAAAGAUGGUCCGAAGAACUUAAUGGCCUUGGACAAAGUCUCAACAUACUGAUAAAUGAUUCUGAAAAUUAUCGUGCUGCUCUAGAAGAAAAUAGAAAACUGUACAACGAGAUUCACGAACUAAAAGGAAAUAUAAGAGUCUACUGCCGGAUAAGGCCUUUUCUUCCUGGGGAGGAUCAGAAAUCUACUAUAAUUGAAUAUGUUGGUGAUAAUGGGGAUCUGGUAAUUGCAAAUCCCACACGACAGGGAAAGGAGGGGAGCAAGUCGUUCAAAUUCAACAAAGUUCUUGGCCCCACUGCUUCUCAAGAUGAGGUCUUCAAGGACAUCGAACCCCUUAUAAGAUCAGUUCUUGAUGGUUAUGAUGUUUGCAUUUUUGCAUAUGGUCAAACUGGAUCAGGGAAAACAUACACAAUGACUGGACCUGAAAAUGCAACAGGGAAUGAACGGGGUGUCAAUUAUAGAGCUCUGAAUGAUCUCUUCCAUAUUUCACAUAAUCGUGGGGAUAUCAUCAUGUAUGAAAUAAAUGUUCAAAUGAUUGAGAUAUACAAUGAGCAAAUUCGUGAUCUUCUUGGCAGCUAUGAGAUUAUGAAUGCCAGCCAACCCAAUGGGCUUGUCGUUCCUGAUGCAACGUUGCAUCCUGUUAAUUCAACAUCCGAUGUUAUUGAGUUAAUGAGAAUAGGACUUGCGAACAGAGCAGCGGGUUCGACAGUGUUGAAUGAAAGAAGCAGCAGAUCUCACAGUGUUGUUACCAUACACAUUCGAGUUGUCGAUUUGAAAACAGGAGCUACCAUUCGUGGUGCACUACAUCUUAUUGAUCUUGCUGGGAGUGAGAGAGUGGACCGAUCUGCUGUUACAGGCAAUAGACUCAAAGAAGCACAACACAUCAACAAAUCUUUGUCCGCUCUUGGAGACGUCAUAUUUUCUCUAUCGCAGAAGAAUGCUCAUGUACCGUACCGGAACAGCAAACUUACACAAGUCCUACAGAGUUCUUUGGGCGGCCAUGCAAAAACCUUGAUGUUUGUGCAGAUCAACCCAGAUGUCUCAUCUUAUUCGGAGACUUUAAGUACUUUGAAGUUUGCUGAAAGAGUUUCUGGAGUGGAACUAGGUGCUUCAAAGGCGAAUAAAGAAGGCAAAGACAUUAGAGAAUGUAUGGAACAGCUCUCAGUGCUCAAACAUAAAAUUGCAAAGAAAGAUGAGGAAAUUAACAGAUUACAACAACUCAAGACACAAACUCCAAGGGUCAGGACAGCAAAACGUGCAGAUUCCCCAUUGAAACAUUCGUCUUCCUCCCCAGGCAUAUCUAAUUUAGGAAGCAAAAUCCAUCAUAAAACAACGGCAUCUAGUGGAAAGGCAAUGAGCAUUGGCAGCAGGGCUGGGUCUGAUAACUUCUCUGACAUCAGUGACAGGCACUCUGAAUCUGGUUCUAUGCAGUCUGUUGAUGAUAUCCUAUUUCAUAGGGGGAUUAUGGGACUUCCGAAGCUCUCUAUUGGUGCAAUGGGUCAGAAUUCUGCUGGCCCUGAGCUUGUUUGCUUUGGCUAUGCUGAUUCAGAAGAGAGAUUAAGUGAUAUAUCAGAUAGUUGUCUUUCCAUGGGUACAGAGACAGAUGUUUCAGUAAGCAGUAUAGUUGAGUUGACACGCUUCCAGGAGCAGGAAAACAUAUCUAGCACUCAGAAAGAACAAGAGAGUGCACCAAAAACUCCAAAUGAUCGGUUGUCUAAGGUGGCCACCCGAGUCCAGAAGACAACAGCACCCAAACCAGCUCAAACUUCCUUGUGGCCUAAACUAAGAGAUCCUCCAGCUCUUAGAUCCCCAAGGAGAAUCACAGCAACACAAACAAUACCUGCACCAAGAACGUCCAGUACUUCGAAACGAUGGACAUAA